AAUUCGAUAAUCAAAUAUUUGAUAAUCGUCUAGCGAGCACAUCAAGUGUAAUAUUCAUGAGUAAAAGUGAAUGGAAAAUAGGCCAACGCCGCCGCUGCGGUGGCGCUAGUCUCGGAUGAAACCGGAAGUGGCUUGAUCAUAUGGGCGUACGUCGUCAACCAAAAUAUAAACACAACCAAUACUGUUCCAAAUCUACACACACAAAGAUCAGCUCUCAGUUGCAGUUGAUUCAGCAGAAGUGGAACACACGAAUGAUAUUGAAAAUCAUCAAAAUUUCGUGUAAUAAACCGAGUGCCAAUUGACUAAAGGGAAGUGAAGAAAUAUACAAUGCUAGUGUGAACAAGGCAUCCCAUGAAGAAUUAUUACUCCGUUAUAUAAUGGGAGGAUCAAUUUGUCAAUAUUCCAAUAUUGUGUCAGAAAAUAUUUUUACAUUGUCAGCAUAUAUUGGUGACCUACGCACAUAAUUGCCAUAAUGUCAGUUACAAAAAUAGGCAUGCCAAGCAUGCAAGAGAUCCUGGAGCUAGCUGGUCUCCUCCGACAGAACGGAGACCAGGUUCUCAGUGGCUCUAGCAAACUCUCACUCUCGACAAAACUCCUCCACAAUUUAAACGACGCUUUUUCUCUGAUCGUGGAUGAUUCGAAGGACUUAGAGAGUUCCUUCCAGGUCUGUAACAGCUCUGAAAUAGAAGUCUUCAGGGAUUUAAAGUUCCUCCACGACUUCGUCCAGAAAACCAUCUCCCUGAAAGUCUCCCAGACACCCAACGACCCAAGAACAACGAUAGAUAUUACAAAAUUCCGGCAUUUGAAGUACUUGGAGUUCCAAAAGGUCUGCAUAGACCUGGUGACGGGUAUCCAGGGGGUGCGAGGCCAAUUGGAGUCGAUCUCCUGCACAGGGGGAGGUGGAGUGGGCUCGAUAGGCCGUCUCCUGACAGCCUGCGGAGGUGACGCAGGUGUUGGGUUUGUUUGGGCCUCACUGAACCGCCUGUCCCUUCCUUAUAACGGUCUCGGACGACUCGACAAGUCCCUGGAACUGGCCCCCUGGCUACAGACCCUCGACUUAAGCCACAAUUUCAUAUCAACAGCGGUGGAAAUUGAUUGUGUACCCAGUCUCAAACACGUGAACUUCGGUUAUAAUAAAUUGGAGAUGGUCCCCAGUUUCAAUCGGGGAACGUAUCGAACCCUUCAGACCCUCGUCCUCAAGAACAACUACAUAGAUUCAUUGAAUGGCCUCCAGGGGCUCGACUGCUUGGCUGAACUGGACCUGUCCUUCAACUGUCUCGUUAAUCACUCGGUCCUCUGGCCUCUGAAGACGAUGACGGCUUUGCUGUGGGUGACAUUGGAGGGUAAUCCUCUGUCUUAUCAUAUUCACCACAGGACUUUAACGAUCAAGCACCUCAACUCAUCAUUGGCUGAGAGCAAGUUCGUUCUCGAUCAUUCACCCCUGUCGAAAUCUGAGAAGCUUCUGGUAUCUGAGAAUAGACUCUUCAGGAUGACGUCCGUGCCGUCUCCUUGUAAGGAAGAUUUAUCGAACUCUUUCUGCUGCUCAGUUAACUCUGAUUCAAAUACCUCUGAGAACCUCACCUCCCAAAUGACAGAUUCCUUGAACAGCAUGGAAAGGUCAUUCGUGAAGAGGAGAAGGCAGAAUGUCAUGGAGGCUGUGAUCGAUGAUGAUGAGAAGGUCGAGGAGAGGAUGAGUGAGAGUGUCAGGGAGAGUUCGUACCUGGAGUCAUCGAUGGAUCAUCUAGAGACGAAGAAGAAGAUGCUUGCGUUGAGGGAGAAGUUCGGGGGGGAGAGGUGGUUGAGCAGUGAUGCGGGCAGUUUUGUCCAGGAUAUCAUGGGAAUCGAGAGGAGAAUUGUGGCUUCGACACCUCUUAUUGACAGUCCGGUUUCUGUUGCAACUGAAGAUUCAGGUGCUGAGGAUCAUCGGAUUAUUGAGGACAUUGAAGAAAAUCUUGGGGAAGGGGUCCAGGAAAAUGAAGAGCAAAGUGAGAAAGUUGGAGAGAGAAUCGAGCCGGAGAAGAUCGGGCUGUCUUAUGACCCUGAGGAGGAGAAGGGAGAACUCUUUUUGGUUCAGAAGAAAAGGGAGAAUGAGGAAUUGGAAGAGUUGUUCCUGGUUAUCACUCCUGAGGACGUCAAGGAGAGGGAUUCUAUUACUGGAACGAUCAAGUAUAGAUGGUCUACGGAAACAGUUUUGUCUUGUGUCAUGGGACGGGGAGAGACUCCCACUAUUGAUUUCAUCUUUGAUACUACUAGGAGAGAUCGACAAAAUAGAACUUAUCUUGUCGAGGCUGAGGACGCUGGGAAAAUUGUGAAAACUGUUUGCGAAUUCAUUAAGGCAAGACCUAUUUUACUGAAGGUUUUCAAGUGCAUGAAGUGCUCGACACACUUCUCACAGGAUCCAGAUUAUUUCCUCGGGGUCUCGGCUGUCUCUGUAGCGAGUAUGAAGGCUCCCACGUGUCCGUCCUGCAAAAGUACCCUGGUAAUUCAAACCGACGAACUAUUGACAUCAGACGGGGAGAAUGUAAAGGAUCUAGACGAGAUUAAAUCAGAAAAUCAAAAAUCUAUUCGUGACAGAUCUGAAGUGCGAGACACUGAUGAGAGUCAAUCAACUAAUCUGAAACACUCUACGUCACACUCAAGUAUCGGUGGAACAGAGGGUGCUAUGUCCACUUCUAUGGUGUACUCCGACUCUCAAGCCCAAGCCCAAGUCAGCUGCUCAGCGACGAGCCUUGAGGAGUCGCGGGAGUCGACCCCUUCUACAAGCACUGUCACGAAGAAGUACGAGAGUGAUAUUGAGGUUCUGAGUAAUCCAAGUCAAAGUAGCAUUGAGGUGCUGGAUGAUGGCUCGAGGUCAACAUCGACACCGAGUAGGAAAAGAUCCUCAGAAGAGCGGCGAAUAGCAGUUGCUCCUACUUUAUUAACAAUUCCAGACACCACUCCUGUUAUGGCGGGUCUAACUGAAAGUAGUUCAUCAGGUUCUUUGACUGACAGUAUCUGCACUGCGUACGAGAACAAGAAUCUCCAGGGCUCCACUGUCUCUGGGCAGUCUCAUAAUAAUAGAAGUGUGUCUGAGAGUGACAGUACAUUAGUUGGGAGUGACAGCGAACAUAUUAACACAACUGUGUCUAAUUUAACGUCAAUGCUUGGAGGUCUCCUACAGAGUAUGAAAAUAGGAACGAACAGAGGCUCUCCCCUGAAAUUAGAUGAUGGUCCAGAAUUCUCCUCGACGAGUAAUAUUCAGUACUCCUAUACAGACUUCAAGAGUCUCGACCACAGAAUCAAAUUGCACCUAAUCCUCAAUGUCUUCGAGCAGGAGAAUGAGGAGCUCAUAUUGCUCCUGAGGUCUGAUAUAUUGAUCAGGACGCAGAUGCGUCCCUUCCCAGGAUGCAUGGUCCUCACCACCUCGAAGAUAUACAUUCUGAGAAUAACAGGACCAGAGGGCGAAGAUCCCCAGCGUUGGCUACAGAAGGAGAUCAGUUGGACAAUGGACAGAUUGAGGACAUUUUCUCCACUGCCUUUCAAGCAAGGAUUGGUUGUUGAACUACAGCAGCCUAAUAAAAUCGGAGAAGAGCCCUCUAGUCUUACUCUCCUGUGCAUCCUUCAGGACUUUCAGCGGACCUCGAAUCUGCUUCUCUAUUUGACGGAAUUAUCACUGCCCCCUAGCUGUGAACUAGAGUUUCUGGUACCUGAACAGUGCACUGGGGCCAUUCACAGUCUCAUGACUUUAUCGAAGUAUAAAAGGGCUGGGGAUGCCGUCAGGAUACUUGCGCUCUUCUCGUCAGCUGCUUUGCAACUGGAGAAACAAAAGGUCAAGCCCAUCAACAUUGGAGGACUAGUGGUCACAACAUCAUCGAUCAUUCUGACAGGGGAUAACGUUCACUGGUUACUGCCUGAUUCGGUGGAGACUCCAGUCAAACUCGCUGAGCAGGGCAUUAGUAAUUUGAUCGAAGUGAUUUUCAUUGAGGAUACAUUGGCCCUGAGUUUUCUCGACGAAGUGGCCGGUGUCGAGGAGUUGUGGACCUUGAAAUUUGUCUCCGCAGGUGCCGCAGAGGCCGUGAUCAACGCAAUUCAACCUCCCUGGGAGGAGCUCUUUUCAGUUCCUCUUCAAAUAACAACAAAUUCAACGGAGACUGACGUUGAUGAAAAACCCUAGGAAAUUUUUUUUGAGUUCAUCUAUGGCAUAAUUUAUUCAGAAUAAUAUUUUUAUCGGUAAUUCAAAUGUCAGUGCCUAACUGACAUGAUUUGAGUGUUUUUUUACAGCAAAUAUCUUGAUUUUUUUUACUUGUGUGUUUCAACAAUCAACUUUUGGUUAGAUUAUUAGUUACAAUUGUGCGUGAAGAGCAAAUAUGACGCAUUUGUAUCUGUGAUAUGUAUAUUAGUCAUUGCAAUGAUUAUUAUAGAUUGUAUAUAAAAGAUGAAUACAAUUGUUUGCAAUAUUAUGACAGGAGUUACCAUUAGUUUAUACUAUAAGGGUUUGGUUUUUUAUUUUUCGGAUGAUUCUAUCGAUGAAUUAUUCUCAUUGACAGCAUGAGUUUAUGGAAAAUGUAGGACGAGUAAUUCUCAUAGAAUUCCUGAAUAGAACAAAUCACAUGGAUAAUCCAUUGAAAUAAAUGCAAGUUUCUAAAUUUACAACAAAAAUAUUGUAAAAAUUAUUAGAACUUUUUAAAAUUUAUUCUGCAAUAAAUUACUGGGAAUUCGC